GAACACAGGAAGUUGAAUUAUCAGCUGAUGCUGCUGGCUGUUGUUGAUGCCUGAAGUUGCUGUUGUUUGGACACUGUGUUGCUCUUAUCUGCUCCUGACAUUGAAGACGCAUUGCACCCGAUAAAGGGACCCGGCGGGCAUUUAGCGGCUGUCGAGCGUAUGGGUAAUAAGGGAAGCGUCUCACAGAGAGGACUUUGAAUUAGCGCACUAGCGGCAGAAGAAGAGCUAACUGUUAGCUCCAGGAGCUCGAACCAUCGGUAGAAGAGGAGAGAGAAAAACAGCACAACACAGGCGACGGCUUUGGCGUGCUUUCUUUGUUUGUGUCGUGCCAGUCUGAACCGCGACAUCAUUUCUUCUUUGUCUUGAAUUGAGGUUGUUGUUUUUCCCCCUGCACGUACGUUAUUUAUAUUUAUACUUUAGUUCCCAUUACGCGGAGGGCAGCUAGCUCGUCGGCUAACGGUAGCUAUCGCAGCGCAGAGGAACAGUGUUGUUGUUGUUGAGCCUGGAGGCUUUCGUAACCGCCCGACAGCGGCAGAUAACGGCGGCUAACAGCGACCAGAGCCGGCUGUGUGGUGGGCUCAUUGUCCUGGCUGUGUGUCACUGGUGCUCUGUUGGUCUGUGGGAGACACUGGACACAACACUGUAGCCCAACAAGUUGAUGUUGGCUCGUUAAAUUGAAGACCUGAUCUGUUUGUUUGUUCCUGACCUCGAAUCGACUGAAUUCAUUAGUUUUUUUAAUUUUUUUUAUCCUUAUCGAUUUAAAAGCACACAAACAAGUAAUAGGUUAACUGACAGCUGGCCUUGUACGUUGUAGGUUGGCUGGCAGGUUGCGUAAUUUGUUUGCGAUCAAGCUGUCAGUCUUUGCUGUGUAACUUUUUAAACUGUUAUUUAAAACCUAUGUAUCUCUGUAAGCCUUAGGUGAUCGGUGUGUUCAGCCUUAGGUAGAGUUGUGGAUGUCGUUUUAGGUAUUUAAUCCAUUUUAUCUGGUACCGUUUUAAUGUCUAGAACAUAUGACAGUGGCCACUCUUGACUGUGAUCAACUGAUUCAGUAGCUGUUUGAGGCUCACACUCAUGAGUUUGGUCGCUUUAGAAAAAUAAGUAGAUAGAGUUAUGAAUUAAAGUAGCCAUCUGAAACUCUUGUGAUCAGGGAGAGACAGGCGAACAGAAAGGGUCCCUCAGAGGGUCCCAUUGUGUCUUGAGGUGAGCUGCCCCCAACUACUUGCCAAUGCUGGAUCUGGAGGUGGUGCCUGAGAGAUCACUAGGAAAUGAACAAUGGGAAUUCGCCUUAGGGAUGCCAUUGGCCCAGGCCAUCUCUAUUCUGCAGAAACACUGCCGCAUUAUCAAAAAUGUCCAGGUGCUAUACAGUGAACAGACGCCACUCAGUCAUGACCUCAUACUGAAUUUGACUCAGGAUGGGAUUAAACUGCUGUUUGAUGCCACAAACCAGAGACUCAAGGUGAUUGAAGUGUAUGACCUGAGCAAAGUCAAGUUGAAAUACUGUGGAGUCCAUUUCAACUCUCAGGCCAUUGCCCCCACAAUAGAGCAAAUAGACCAGUCAUUUGGAGCUACGCACCCUGGAGUUUACAAUGCUGCAGAGCAGUUGUUCCAUCUCAACUUUCGAGGACUGUCUUUCUCCUUCCAACUGGACUCAUGGAACGAAGCUCCAAAAUACGAGCCUAACUUUGCCAUGGGUUUGGCCUCCCUGCAGAUUCCACACGGGGCCAUGGUCAAGAGGAUGCACAUCUACACUGGCAACAAUCUGCAAGAAACAAGAGCUCCGGUGAUGCCGUUGGCUUGUUUCCUUGGUAACAUCUUUGCAGAGUGCGUUGACGUCCUGAGAGACCGGGCAGGACCUCUGGGGCUGAAACUCCGCCUCCUCACUGCAGGUUGUGGUCCAGGUGUGAUGGCUGAUUCUAAAGUGAGGUCCCUAGAAAGGAACAUCUACUUUGGCGAUUCCUGUCAGGAUGUACUGGGUGCUCUGGGCUCGCCACAUAAAGUAUUUUACAAGUCUGAGGACAAGAUGAAGAUCCACUCUCCAUCACCUCACAAGCAGGUUCCUUCUAAAUGUAACGACUACUUCUUCAACUACUUCACCCUCGGAGUGGAUAUCCUGUUUGACUCUACAAGUCACCUGGUUAAGAAGUUUGUCCUCCAUACCAACUUCCCCGGACAUUACAACUUCAAUAUAUACCAUCGAUGUGACUUUAAGAUUCCACUAGUCAUUAAGAAAGAAGGAGCCGAUUCUCAGAUGGAGGACUGCAUCUUAACCACCUACAGCAAGUGGGAUCAGAUUCAGGAACUGCUGGGUCACCCGAUGGAAAAGCCUGUAGUGCUGCACAGGUCCUCAUCAGCCAAUAACACCAACCCCUUCGGCUCUACCUUCUGCUUUGGACUGCAGAGGAUGAUCUUUGAGGUGAUGCAGAAUAACCACAUAGCAUCAGUGACCCUCUAUGGUGCCCCACGGACCGCCAGUCAAGCUCGACCUGAGUCUAGUAGUAGUUCCCACUGAGCAAGUAACCAGAACCACAUCCCAUUCUGGCCUGUCCUGAAUCUAGUACCUCUACUGACUGAACCUCUAACCCAGAGCCAGAUUCUUAACCAAGCAGACCUAACCCAGAGCAACAAAGUUAUUCUUAGCCCAGCUCAGACGCUACUCGUUCAACAGAAACACAACCAGAACUCAGAAUAAAUAAAUCAGCUUCUCCUGGUGCGUCCUGAGACUUGAGACUCUUCCAAUCGGACACGCCCAGUCGGCACAGUUAACCCAACCCAGACUACACAAGGAACCAGGACCUUGUAAUGUGGCCACAGUGUAGGAGCACUAAUGCUUUUGAAAGGAUUUCUUGGUUGUGCGGGAAUAUCACGGAGGUGCUGCAGACUGACAUGGUGAAGAAUCCAACGGUUUUCUGUUUCCAUGACUGCAUUUGCCAAGGACCACAGAAGAAGAUUUGUUUGUUGGCAGCCUGUAUAUGACAAGAACCAAGAUGAUCAGCAAUUAAAUAUCAUCUGCAACAAAUCAGUGUUUAGUUUUUCACAAUUGCUAAGACAAAGCUACAACCCCUUUCUCUUCUGGCAAAAUCAACAUUUUUUAUCACCACAUCAAAAAAUAGAAAACAGUGUUCAUGGCAUGAAGCGGAAAAACAUUGUUAUUGAGUAUGUUACAUAAAUGCAUUUUGCAUGUAUAUUCACAACUCAGUACAGAACAUAUUACAUACUGUAAGAACUGCAGGUAUUCCAGUGCUGUAAUGCAGAUGAGAAAUUCAUUCUGCCUCAGCAUCACGUCUUUUGUGUUUGCUCAAGCCAGAUGACUUUGUCUACAUCACAGGCGAUGUUGCCAGGCAACGGGGGAAGAACCCUCUGGUGUGCUGGAUCCAGCCUCGACAAGACUCCACACCUCGAGUGAAUGAUUGGAUAAAGGGGUCUGGGGCUCUGAGCGUUUGGUUCAGAGAAUGGGGUCAGGUGUUUUUAGCAAUUGUGAAAAACUGAAACGUCAGACAUAAAGUUGUGGACUUGACAUCAUCGCCAAUGAAAACUGCUGUGGCCAAAGUCUUGGAACAAACUCUGGUUUGACCCACUGAAUACACAUCAACCAACCACACUGCCAGCCCAACCAGUACCGCCUGUCUUCCUGCCGCAACUUCAGAACCAGACCCGACUGGCUCAAUCAAAACCCGGACGCAUCCAAACCGCAAAGAACCAAACCGGCCCAGUCCAACCAAGAGCCAUCAGAGCCAAACACAUUGGAAGCUGCAGAGGACUGUAACCAAAAACGGAAAAACAUGCAAGUCCAGAUUUUGUCCUACAAGAGAGGAAAACCAAACGCACUCAGGGUUUGGAGAUAUGUGUGGGCCCAGAACACGCCCACAGCGCCAGGGUGACGAGAUAUGACGCCUCUCAAAGCCGAACGAUCCAAACAUCCAGCAUCAGCUCCCUUCCUACUCACUCUUCCUCCACCUUUCUUCAGUGGUACCCCCCCCACACACACCCUCCCCUACACACACACACACACACACACACACUGAAGCACACAGCAGUAAAUACUCUAUUAACCCCACAGCUGUUGUUAUUUGCAGCUCUGGACAUUGGCAUGUCUGUGUCCUGGCUUACACACACACACACACACACACACACACACACACACACAUACUCUGCAUGUGUCUCUGCUGAUUUUUUUAAUUGACAUUUCAACAGACUUUCAAUUCAAGCACACACACACAGACAGCAUUUCAAUCCCUUCACUACAAUACUCACAUGUAUUUCUAAUACAUGACAGUGGUUUAUCUUUUUAGCCUUUUCUAAGGGUGAUAAAACAUGGAAACAUGCAGGCAUGACACAAGGAUUUGCAUGAACUUGGCAGACGUUUUUUGAAUGAGAGGAGACCUAUUACAAGCACAAACUGGCAUCCUGUUCUGUUUAUUUGGUCCUGCAUGUUGUAAGGGGACUUGGCACACAGUUUUCUUUUAUUUCUCUCUGCUCUGCUUGACUCAUUCACACCAUGACCAUUCAUUAUGUUUUUUUUUUUUUUUUGUUUGUUUUUUCAAACAGUUUUUACAUUUGCACUAAUACACACCUUUUUACUUGAUUGGUUGACUGAGCCCUAUCCUCAGAGAUGGAUUUGUGGAGAUAUUUGGAGAGAUAGUGGUGUGUGUGAAUGUGUCUUUUUAUCCAUAAGUUUGGACAGAUGAGAAGCCCCCCCCCAUUGGUGUAUGCAGUCAUGUAACACUCUCCUCCUCCUUUCCUCUGCUCUUUCUCCAUCUCUGCAUCUGAUUGAUGCAUUGCGAUUCAUCCCUCGGCAGUGUCUGUAUUCAUUUCUUUGUUGAAUUGCCAAAUGCUACAGCCAAAGACGUUUCAGGAUGAUUUCAUUUGACAUUAUCACUGUCAUCUCUUGUCCAAACCUGUCCCAUGGAGAGAGUCGUGUUUCUCUGGCAUCUUUUGUUUCAGAUCUGCACAUCAAAGUCUUUGCCGUGGUAAAGCCUCUAAAUUCAGCUCCUUGUUUCUGUAACUGCUGACAGUAAUUACACAAGAUGUGAAUAGCUGAGUGUUUUGAAACCAAUCAGCCUGUCUUUCAUGUGGAUUUGGUUACAGCCAGACACACAAUAACAACAGUAACAAGUAGUGCCGUCCUUCUUGUGAGUGUCUCGGUGGUUAUUAGAGAGCUGUAAUUAAAAGAAUUACCAUUAUUUCUCUGUACACUCAGUACAUUUAAACCCAUUUUAGAAAUGGGGGAAAAACCCAUCAGUCAUUCCUUCAUCCUAACGUUUGUUUGCAUCUCCCUCCCAAUGUAUGAAUUUCAAAUCUUUUUAACCAUAAGCAUUUGAAUAAACUGUGUAUUCAUUUUAAUACACAUAUUUUCCUUUAUUGUCCCUUGAAACAAAUGCCAUUUGUUUUUUACUUUCACUAUUGCUGAACUUCUGAUUGUUUGUAGCAACGUGUGUGAAGGCAUCAGGGUUGAAGUCAGGGCCCGCAUACAUGGCGAAAUGUUUAAAGUGCUGACUGGAAAAUUGCCACAUUGGCUGUGUGUAGGUCGUUUGCAAAAACACAAUUUGGGUUGACUGGGUGAAAUGUGUUUUUUUUUGUUUUGUUUUUUUCUGUAAAGCUGGGGUUCACCGAGCAGUUUAAAGUGAGCUUUGACAUUCAAACUUGCUUCACUGGUGUUUUAUUUUGUAUGUUUUCAUUACUAGGUACUAGCACCCUGUUCUUUAACAACCCAACUGACUAAAUUGACUAAUUGAUUGAUUUUAUCCCUCACUGAAACAAGUAGCAUCACAGUGUGAGUGAGCUUGUGACCAGCAACCAACCAACCAACUGUACUUUUAAGCGGUUUUUCAGUUAACACAAAAAUAAUAGUAUGACCUUUUGUUCGUCAUAACACUCAUUUAAGUGUCUACUUUUCUGAUUCAUUAUAAUUCCUAAUCACGGGUGCAGUUUUAUUUUUUCGUUUACAAUUCACCAACAGUAGCCUUUCUUUACCGUACCUUGUUUUUGGCACAGCAUGGCUCUGAACUUCAGCACUGUUAAAACCCACUUCCUGUGGUUUAUGACUGUACAAACAACCAGGUGAAGACCACUUUCAAGAGCAGUUGUAGAAAUGAAUUCCUCUGUUGUUUAAAUCCAGUUAGCCAGGCUGUUCUGGAAAAUAAUUCAGUGUGUAUUCGGGCCCUGAUGCUUGGAGUUGAUGUUGAUGUACAAAUGCUGUAAAUAGUUGUGUGCUCUUAUUCUGGUGUCCUCUUAUUUACAUGAGCUCAAUGGCUUGGCACAGACACAGCUGACUCAGGCACUGGCUGAGUAUCUCAAUAUUUCCUCCUUGAUUCUGAUUAGACUUUAAAGUCAGGAGGAGGCAUCUGCUCACAUCCCACUCAUUAACAAUCACUGGAAGUGUUUUUUGUUUUGUUUUUCAAUUGCAGACCACUCAGUAUUGAAACUUGUGCAAUGCUAAAGGCUGCAAGUACACAGGCGUGACGGGUGUCAGUAGAUCACCCUGCUUCAGCUCCGCUUGAACUGCUACUGCAGGGUGUUUGAUCCUCAGAAAGAGCAAAGCUUCAUUUACACAGACAGAGAAAACAAAGAUCCUUCCUCACAUUUGGACUGGAGGAGAGCUCUGAUAGAGAUGUUUUUGUAGAGUGGACAGAACCUGAUUCGGAGUCUAGCAUUGGCAUGUUGCUAGAUUAUACGUCUACUUGUUUACACUAUAAAAAGUAUCUCUUUGGCUGCAGCGUUCUUGUACUCAGACUCCCUUCCUAAGUGAGGUGAGGUGGUUUCGGGAAGCAGGAGAGAUGAAGGUUUUCGCCGUCUGGUUUCUUAAACUGGGAUUCCAAAAAUGCUAGAGCGGUGUUUGAGGAUGAAUUCCGACAAACAAACUCAUUUUCUCGUUGGGGUCCCAGGUUUAAGAUGUUUAAUUAGUCCAGCAAAGGUUGAUGAACUUGGGAACACAAAGUUCCCUGCUCCUGCUCCGGUUUACACACAUCUCGAGCUGAACCCGGAAGCAGAUGUAAUAUAACAUGAAAGCUAUAUUCAAACAUCUUCCUACAGCUUGCUUUUGUGCAAGCAAAUACGAGAAAAUCGAGAAAAAAAGAAAACACAAAACUGUUGAACAUUGUGCCUCAUCUCCCACCGAGCCUGUCUUUGACUUCUGUCUCUAUGUCCUCCGUAAAAAAGGAAUCUCCUUGUACAUACAAUUUGAGAAUGCAUUUGAACUGCAUCAUUGUACAGUAUGUGUGCGUGUCACUGAGCAUUAGCAACAAGCUAACAUGGUAUUAUGGCCGUCUCAGUCGUUUUACUUUUCCUGUUACCUGUAGAGAAUGGCAGGUUGGGUUGGGUUUCCCAAAGCUAGGAUGCGUUUUUUCAGGGUGUUUUUUUUUAACCAACAUUAUUUUUUGUACUUUGUUCUGUUUUGUGUGUGUGUGUGUGUGUGUGUGUGUGUGUGUGUGUGUGUGUGUGUGUGUGUGUGUGUGUGUGUGUGUGUGUGUGUCUGUGUCUGUGU